AUGCUGCGCAACGCGUACCUGUCCCGCGGCGGCUCGGCGGUGCUGACGGUGGACUGGUCGUCGCUGGCGGCGCACCGCUGCGGCCGCAAGUUCGCCGAGGCGCAGGCGGAGCUGGUGGGGGCGUGCACGGCGCGCCUGCUGGCGGCGGGGGCGGAGGCGGGCGCGCUGCCGCCCCCGGAGCGGCUGCACGCGCUGGGCGCCGGCCUGGGGGCGCACGUGGCCGCGCUCGCCGCCGCCUGCCUGCCCGGCGGACACGCGCUGGACCCGACGCCGGCGCCGGCGCUGCGCUCGCAGGAGGCCGGGGGCGACGCGACGCCGGUGUCGGCGCCGCUGCUGGACGUGGAGGCGGCGCUCCAGGUGGACGUGCUGCACACGACGGCGCUGGCCGCCGGCGUCCGCGGCGUCGGCGACCCGCGGCCCGCCGGCCACGUCGACAUCUACGUCAGCUGCGGCCAGCCCGUGCAGCCGUUCUGCCACCGCAGCUCAGACCCCGGAAGGUGCUCGCACGAGCUGGCGGCAGCGUACUUCGCGGAGGGCGUGUGGCCGGGCCCCGGGCUGCGCGCCGCGCCCUGCGGCGACGCCUGCCGCCGCAACAUCUCGCUGCCCGAGCUGCCGCCGUCGGAGGCGGCGAGGCUCACCUCCUACACCGUGCCCGUCGGCGAGGACCUGCCCUUCACGGCGUCGGGGCUCCUCUGCGCAGAGGCCUACUCGCGGCCCCCGUUUGGAAGGCAGAAGGGCCAGGGUGGGGGCCUCUUCGGCGGUGGGAGCGGCCACCUGUGUUGGGCGCUGAGCGGCGCGUUGCUGCUCUACCUGCUGUCCAGGGCGCUGGCCGGGCGGGCCGAGGAGCAGCACAACUAA